UUUGGUGUCGUUGAACAUCCUUCGUCGACCUGCUGCCUCGCCUCCCAGCCCAGUAUGCCGGUCAUCGCAAAGACACCUGACAUCCAAUCAUCUCGCUGUUUGCGCUCUCCGUCCUGGGUGUCAACGCCCAUUAUAUCUGGACUACCGUGAACAUGGUCUUGUUGGUCGACGACAUCGCCGCCUGGCCACAGUCUGAGCCCGACACCUUCUCGGCAUUGAACCUAGCCGUAGCGGUCAUUGCGAUCGUGACAGUGCCUGUGACGAUUAUUUUCAACCUCUUUCGGAACGGUGCCUUCACAUUGAUAGUCGCUGUAGAGAUAGGCUGGCUGGGUUUCCUCGAUAUCCUCUGGCUAGCCUGUUCCGCGCUGACCACAAGCAUCUGGCCGUCUUUGGGAUCCUUAUGCUCGUUUAAUCCGGACAUCCCGAAUCUGGAUGGCGCCUGUACCGAUGUUCAAACAAGUAUGGCCUUCGGCUGGCUUAAUUGGCUAACUUUGACGGGCUAUCUUGUUACGCUCUUGGUCUUCUGCAUCAUCUCCUCCGGCAAAGGAAGUUCGGUGUGGAAGAGCACCGUCAAGACUGCGAACUGGACAUCCGGUAAGGGAUAUGCUAUUCCGCCGAUGCAGCAUCAGAUGCAAGCUGCGACUGUGUAUUCGACGCCAUAUGACCAGCACAGGCCAUCGGGCUACGCAUAUGGCGGAGGCGCGGAAGUUUAGGCUCAGUCCCGAGUACAUCCGCUGCCCUCGACAUCUGUCUGUCGGUCAUCCCCCACAGCCUCGGACAGUGAUUGCGAACUCCACUGUACACGAUUACAUCCUGUACCCGUAUAUCCUUUUAAUAUGUUACUGCGAU